UAAAACGGUUAUGAGGGCUCGUCUUUCACAAGAGGCGUUGCUCUUCGACAGUGGCGCUUCUCUGCAAGGCAAAAAAGAAAUUUCCGCUUCCUGCACCGAUAAACAACUAACGCAACUUGAGAAACACUAGCAGCGAGUUUCACGGCGAACAUCGGAUCCAACUGCAGCGCUGCGCGCGUCGCGAUCGCUACAAUUGAGCCUCGGUCCUCGUGGACGGAUGAUUGUGGUGCAGUAGAGGAUCGACGUUCCGACAACAGCCGUUUUAUUCGGGUUUUCUCUCAUUGUUUUCAAACAUAAGGUUCCUCCAGCAUGUCGGAUCGGGGAGGGCUCCCGAGGACUGGAGGCGUACCGUCUCCGCAGCCCUCCAAACCGAUGGCGAUCACCUCAAAUCGGCCGGUGCACAUGAACCUGUACGCCACCUGGGAAGUGGACCGAUCGUCCCCGAGCUGCGUGCCGAGGCUCUUCAAUCUGACUCUGAAGAAGCUGGUCAUGCUGAAGGAGCUGGAUAAAGAUCUGACAUCCGUGGUCAUCGCUGUCAAACUCCAGGGCUCAAAGCGAAUCCUUCGUUCCAAUGAAAUCCUGUUGCCAUCGACCGGCCAAACGGAAACAGACCUGCAGCUCACCUUCUCCUUACAGUAUCCUCACUUCCUGAAACGAGACGCCAACAAGCUUCAGAUCAUGCUGCAGAGGAGGAAGAGAUACAAGAACAGAACCAUCCUGGGCUACAAAACCCUCGCGCUCGGCCUCAUCAACAUGGCUGAGGUGAUGCAGCACCCGACGGAGGGCGCUCAGGUUCUGGGUUUGCACAGUCAGCUGAAAGAAGUGUCCGUCCCGGUGGCAGAGAUCAGAGUUUAUUCUCUGUCCAGUCAGCCCAUCGAUCACGAGGGACCCAAAGCCAAGAUGAAUGAUCGUUCUCCAGAUAUCGAUAACUACUCAGAGGAAGAGGAGGAGAGUUACUCAUCUGAGCAGGAGGGCAGCGACGAUCCCGUACAUCAUUAUCUAGAUGAUGAAGAGGAUGAGGUGAGGAAGAAGAAACCCAGACGCAAACUUACUUCCAACGCCUCCAUCACGAGACAACCCAACAUCAAGCAGAAGUUUGUGGCACUGCUGAAGAGGUUUAAGGUGUCAGAUGAGGUGGGCUUCGGGUUGGAGCACGUGUCCCGUGAGCAGAUCCAGGAGGUGGAGGAGGAUCUGGACGAACUCUACGACAGUCUGGAGAUGUACAACCCCAGCGACAGCGGGCCAGAGAUGGAGGAGACGGACAGCAUCCUCAGCACUCCCAAACCCAAACUGAGGCCGUUCUUUGAGGGAAUGUCCCAGUCGAGCUCUCAGACGGAGAUCGGCAGCUUGAACAGUAAAGGCAGUCUGAGCCGAGACCACUUCAGCCCCCAGGGGGAUCAGCCACCGUCAGAUAAACUCAAACACUCACGCAGCCGUAACCUGGACGAGCCGCUGUCUGAGACGGACACGCUGGAGCUGAAUGAUCAGGAGUUGUUCACUGACGUCGGCCCCUGUAUAACGGUGUCUGUGGCUGAAAAACCACGUACACCCUUAAAAACCAGCAAGAAUGAGAUUCAGUCCAUACCGUCACCCAGGCUGGAUGGAGGACACACACCCCGUAAACGAAGCACUCCUGUGAAAGAUCGUCAGCUUUCCAAACCGCUGAGUGAACGAACCAACAGCUCCGACAGUGAGAGAUCACCUGAGCUCGGACACAGCACACAGGUUCUCAGGAAGGCCGUGUAUGAUCAGUUGAAUCAGAUUCUGUUAUCUGAUGCUGCUCUUCCUGAAAGUCUCAUCCUGAUCAAUGGCACAGACUGGCAAGGACAGUAUGUUGCAGAGCAGUUGCAGGUUCAGAAGCAUCCUGUGGUCUGUACGUGUUCUGGUGCAGAGAUUCAGGCCGUUCUCUCGGCUCUUCUCACACGGAUACAGAAAUUCUGUAACUGUAACUCGUCUAUGCCGCGGCCGGUGAAGGUGGCGGUGGUCGGGGGUCAGAGUUAUUUGGGCUCGGUGCUGCAGUUCUUCGUCACUCAGCUGGCCAACAAGACGUCUGAUUGGCUCAAUCACAUUCGCUUCCUGGUCGUGCCUCUGGGUUCUCAUCCUGUUGCUAAGCACCUGGGUGCCCUUGACAACCGCUACAGCGCAGCCUUCCUGGACGGAGCGUGGAGAGACCUGUUCAACCGAUCAGAGCCGCCGCAGACAGAUUCUGUGGACGUUGCGGCUCGUGUGGCUCAGUACAUCAGCGGAGCGGCUCUCACACACCAGCUGCCCAUCGCUGAGGCCAUGCUGACCUGCAAACACAGAACGAGGGAUGAAGAUUCCUAUCAGAAAUUCAUUCCUUUCAUUGGGGUGGUGAAAGUGGGUUUGAUUGAGCCUGGCCAAUCAUCAGCAGGUGACUUAGAAGAGGGUGUGGCUGUGAGUUUAGCCGUCCCCUCUACGUCUCCACCCUCUCAUGGGUCACCUGCCAGUCUUAAAGAGACAGCCACGCCCCCCUCCUCUCCAUCCAUGGGUGGCGGUUUGGCUGUGCAAGGGAGUCCCAGCAUGUCUCACGGGGUGGACGCCAUCGGUCUGCAGGUGGAUUACUGGCUGGCAUCUCUGGCUGAGAAGCGUCGAGAGGGCGAGAGGAGAGACACCGGCUGUAAGAACACUCUGAAAAGCGCCUUCUGGUCCCUGCAGGUCAGCCGGUUGCCAGGAGGCGGAGCCAGCGAGCCGCAGGCGCCCGUCAACACUAUGGCCAUGACGGUGGUCACCAAAGAGAAGAACAAGAAAGUUCCCACUAUUUUCCUGGGAAAGAAACCUAAAGAGAGGGAGAUGGACUCUAAGAGUCAGGUCAUCGAGGGCAUCAGCCGGCUCAUCUGCUCCGCCAAACAGCAGCAGACCAUCCUGAAAGUCACCAUUGAUGGAGGAGAGUGGAACGACGUGAAGUUCUUCCAGUUAGCUGCUCAGUGGCCAACUCACGUCAAGUACCUCCCUGUGGGAUUGUUCGGCUACAGCAAACCAGCCUCCUAGGAGGGACCACUUACUUAACCCCGCCUCUUCAACCUGCAAACACACCCCAUUGCACACCGACCCCGCCUCUCUCAGAAUGCUGGCCAAUCGUAGUCGAGACAGGACUCCCAUGUCACAGUCUCUGGUGGGUGGGUUGGUAGGUGGAGUUGAAGAAGCUCGUUUUGGCGGGUAUGAUAGACUUUUAUCAGCGCUAGUCACUUUUAUUUUUAAAAGGUCCCAGAGCCACAUAUGGGGGCCAAGCACAAAAUUUGGAUACACCACCUGUUGACCAUCAACCUGACUACUGAACAGCAUGACACAGCUUAAGUCACACCAAACAACCCUUGACAUCACUGAUCUCUGUCAUCACUGGCUUCCCAUAACCACCAAUGAAUGCAGUUUAACCCUUGCUAAAAUCUACCAUUGUAAUUGUAUUCACUGAUAAAAGUUACAAUUAGGGUUACACAAGUUAAAUUAUAAUACAUUUAAUAUGACAGACUCAGCAACUAAGUCAUUUAGCAGCUAGGAAAUUUUGUUUAAAACUACAGUUACCAUGGUAGUUUUUUGUAAACAAAGAUUAUUUAACAUGUUUUUGUCUCACUUGAGGAAAAAAGCACCAAUGAACAUUACAAAAAGCGCAAAACUCUCAACUUCAUUAAGAGGGCGGAGUUAAAAGCCAAUUCCACACCCAUUUAUUGAAGGCGGAGCUACAAGGUGCCCAUCAGCCAGCUGAUGAGUUUUUACAGAUUUCUUAAAAAUCAACUUUGCGUAAUUUGUUUUUUCUUUCCAGCUGAGAAAAUCUGGAAAUGCAUUAUUGACCUCUAACCUGCAUGUCUUAUACUACAUCACCCAUAAUGCACUGGCAAAGUUAACAAACGUUAUUUUAAUGUUAGUUCAAUAGUGCACUUUUGUGCACGUGUUGCUAACUGCUGCCGUGAGGCUAAUGCAGCGGUGUUUUAUGUUCUCUUUGGUGUACAGAAGGAUGACAUCAGAUCGUAGUUCACUCUAUUAACUAGAAUAAACAAUUUCGAUUUAGUUUUAUAUUCGUUUUUACACAUAUUAUGCUUUAUGCGUCAGAAAGUGACCUUUUUAGCUUAAAUAUGUAGCUCAUCUUAAGGUUUUAUUUCUUUUCAUAAACCAUCUCCAAAGAUCUCUGGCCAAUCAGAAUGUAAACAUUAUGGAACUGAAGGAGUGUUCACAGCGAACUCGUUUUAUAAGAGAGCGCUGUCAUAUCAAUCAUAACAAGUCCUGGUGUUAAUUUUGGACGAGGUUAGGGGUGAAAAUGCCACAGGUUAUGAUGUUAAAGAGCUGGUGUUUUUAGCAGAAUUAAGGGAGGAUUAAUUGCUUUUUUUGGCUCUUGUGUGCAUUUUUACAGUUGUACACUUAAUAGGGUUUCAUCUUCGUCAGUUGUCAAAUGCUAUGCACUUAAACUCGCUUUCAUUUCUUCAUAUCUUCGUCCAAAGCACAGGAAGCAAUCAGCUCCUUUAUAUGAAAUAUCCAUUUAAAAUAUGAAUACUAAUUCAUGAAUACUACCUUUACACACUGCAAAAAUGAUUUUCUAAACUAAUAUUUUUGCCUUAUUUUAUUUGUUUUUUUCCAGUACAAAAAUCUUAAUAUUCUUAAAUCAAGAUAUAUUUACAUUUACUAUAGACCUAUAAUGUCCCUUUUACAAUAUGUACUAGAAGUCUCUGUGUCCCCAGAAGAGGGCGGAGCUUUAACAGCUCGCGCUUCGGUUUCUCAACAACAACAAAGCUGGAGAAUCUCAC